AUGCCGGUCCUCGCAGAAAAACUCCACAACAUCCCCAGUACGUCGUCCCUUCCUACGUACUCGUCCGUGACAGAGGUCGAGCUCGCCGAACUCUCGCCUUCGACAUCAUCUUCCAGCCUCCCGCCAACAUAUGACGACGCGACUGCCACGGCUACCGCCGCCACGGUCUGGGCCUCGACAGGCAGAAGAGAUGUAACCGCCAGCAGCUCGAGCGAGCCAUCAUUGGCAGCCUUCGCCCCCACGGCGCACUUCCAAAUCGAAGCCCUGGGGAAGCAAUGGCUGUCGCUGCCCGUCGGCACGCGCCCGGACCCGAUCCCGGUCCACCGCGUCGAAGCGGGGUCCUGGGACCCCGGGUCCCUCCCGGCGUACGUCUCCCUCCGUUUCUCCCGCAGCGACAACAGCUGCCACCUCGUGCGGGGCGACGACGCAUCCCAGACCCCCGUGUGCACUACACUCUACCGCUUUGGGCCCGGCAGGCCGCCCGUCUUCCGCCUUCCACAGUCGCUCGUCUCCCCUCACGGGCCCCCAGCAACCCCGGCAAGAGAAUCAAUGCAGGUGGACGACAACGACGACGACGACGACGACGACAGAGUUAGGGCUAACGAUGGGGAACUGGACCUCCCCAUCGUGUCCAAUUCACUCACCACGAGGGCACAGCGGCUCAAGACGCCCCUGGGGACCUUCCAGUGGCGCUACGCCUCGAGCCGGGAACGCGCCACCGCCGUCGAGGGCGCUGACAACCUCCUCGUCUGCGAGCUCGUGCGGAGCGUCGCGGUGGCGGGCGGGAAGAAGACCCAGGAGGAAGCCGCGGCGACGGUCGCGCAGUUUGUGCGCGGGCCUGGGACGAGGACCAAGGGGUCCGGUCGCAGCACGGCGGGGAACGGGGGCAGGCUGAUGGUUGAUUUGACGCGGUGGACGGAUCGGAAGGACGGCGCGAGGGAUGCGGUCGAGGUACUCGUUGUCGCGAGCUGUGUGUGCAUGUUGAAGAAGGAGGUGGACCGCAGGAGGAUCCAGCAGGUGAUGAUCAUGGCCGGAGGAGCGAGCGGCGGCUGA